AUGCCGUUGCAUACCCAGGAAGCGCUCCCUACUAAUGAGCCGUUAAUCUCACCUACCUUGUCGGAGAAAGAUACAGUUACCUCCCCGGCCCAAUAUGAUGAAGAGGCCCCUGAAGGAAAACGGAACCAAGGCCAGGCGUCACAGGCGACCGAAGUAUCAAGCUCCAAGCUAACGCAAGUUUCGUCCUGGGCAUGCAUCAUCGUUGUCGGCCAACUAGUAAUAUUGGCGAUUGCCUUGACGUUCUUUAUCCUUAUUCACUUCACUCACACCCCUAUGCAACAAAAUUUAGCUGAAUGGGGCAAGGGCUCCCCUCGCGGUCUGGCAUUUUGCGUGACUAUUUUGGCUACUUUGCUCUCCUCUCUCUCAACAUUUCUUUUUUCCAAAGGCCUUAUCUUAUACCUCACCUCACACUCCAACCGCCCAGCGCCCCUGAUCAAUUUCUUGACGGUCUCGAGUCUGUCCCGGGGAGCUCCGCUGGUAUCGCGGCAUCACAUCAGCUGGACAAUUCUAUCGCUGCUAGCAUUAGUCUUGAUGAACUCUUUGACUGCAAGUUUCACGACAAUCCUUACACCAACCCCUUUGAUUGUCAAUGUGCCUAUCAAAGGUUUCGAAUUCAACAUGUUCAGCGAAAAAUAUGUACAUCUCAUGGCCAAUAGACAAGAAGGCAACUCUUUCCCGAGACCGAACUCGGAGCAAAGAAGAAUCAGCAGACAAGGUGCUGCUGUCAUUGGCCCACUCGAGUUGGCGGCUGCGUAUACUUCUGCUAGCAGGCAGCUCGGUUAUCCUGGAGUAAUAAAUUUUUUGGGAACCUCAUUCAACUCCACUACUGCCGGAGUGGUUUCAGCUGUUGCUGCACGCAAGGAAGACGCUUUGGAUGCAGAUUCAGACCGUCCACUCACCCUUAACUUUCGCGACUUGAAAUCUCCCUUCAAAUUCGUGGAUCCGAGUUUCAAGCCUUCCAAAAAAUUCACGUUCAAUUUCACCACCAUUCAGCAGGGAUUCACGGCUGACGUUCGGUGCCAGGCGCUUCCCCAAAAUCCCACUGCUCAACAACCAGGGUUGAGUGUUCUAUUCGACAGUAAUGUCACCCUUCCCGACCAAACUUUGAACAGCCUUUGGAGAUACUUUGUCCAAUGUCCUAGUCAAGGUUUGCCCUCGGCGCCCUCGAAUAAAUCAAUUCUGAUAAAUCCAGUCGGAAGUAUGAUCCUCAGUCACACAUGCUUCAACACAAAUUUUGAAGGAUCUUCAGUUCUUGGUUCCCAAUUAUUAAUUUUGGGAGGCUAUGGUCCGAUGUACUCAUUCAUUACGCCGCGUGCAUGUGAAUUCACGCCGUACUCUACGCUUGUUGAAGUGCAAUAUUCCAAUAUUGCGAAUGUCAGUCGCAUCAUCUCGAGAGAACCUAUCACACCAGCAACAGCGGCUGUUGCAUCAAGGAUGUACGGCGCGGUAUUAGAUGCCACGGAGCAAUACGUGGUCUCUUUCCGGAACAAAUUCGGUGACGACAUCUGUGCUCUUUAUGGAAUCUCAUCCCAGCUGGAGUCUACGAAUGACCCUUUACUGAACACCAUCCUGGAAGCUUACCUUCGCGGGCUCGUUGAAACUCGCGCUUCGACCACGAAAACGCCACCCAUAGCCUCUGCGCCAGGUCACUUACUUGCCGCUUCACUGCAGGAUCUUUCACCUGAAUGGCUCAGGUCUUUCGAUGGCAUAUGGUCCUAUGAGACCCUUGGCUGGCACAAUGCCUACGAGAGCAUAAAAAGUACAGUCAUUGGGAUUGUGCCGAUUUUAUUGAUUACGACCACUACCAUCUUCUUGGUGCUUUUCUCCUGGUUGUCUCUCAAAGGCACUCGGCACCUGAGAGAUGAACCUUUUGAUCCCAACAACUUAGUGACGUUGUUGCAAGCGGGGCGCGAUGGCUCAGUGGUUGACAUUCUUGGUCACCGGAAAAAUUUGGACUCGGCUUUAGGACGCGAUGUCAGAAUACAACUUCACAGGCACGCAACCCAAUGGCAGCUGCGCCCGGUGAAAGCUGUGUAG